AUGGGUCGCCUUCGUCGUUCGCGUACACAUCAUGCAAAACGGGAUGUUCAUCGGGGCGCACGCACACGAGCCCGUGCAAAAGACUUAGACCAGAUUCAACUUAUCGAUUUGGAUCCCAAAAACCGCGCCGCCCUCGAAGCGCAACCGUUUGACUUUGACAAGCCAGGGUUGGCCCAGCAUUACUGUGUUGAAUGCGCAAAAUAUUUUGAGAGCGACAUUGCAUUGCAGUCGCAUUGGAGGAGUAAGGUGCACAAACGACGGUGUAAAGCCCUCCGAGAACCAGCAUACACCAUUGAAGAAUCAGAACGUGCUGCAGGUCUUGGAAGGGAAAACAAGCGAACGACCACAAGUGUAUCAUCAGCUACAACAGCACCCAUGCAGGAAGAUAUUGCUUCAUGA